GUUAACAAGGAAAAAUUGUAGUGUGGAUAGCCGGGUAAACAGUACUCGGAUAUAUCAUAUAGACGGACAGAUAACUGUAACAGUUUAAUUGUUGUAUAAUUAACAUGACCAGUGAGUGUGGGUAUAAAAUGAAAAGUCCCAAUUUAAAUGACUGAAAGAAAGCAAUCAUUGCACCAGUUUAUAAGAAAAGUCCAAAAGCCAAGUUGCUUGAAGAGGAACAUAGACUACAUUAAGAAGGACCAAACAGACACAACCAUGAAGAUAAAUGUUGAUGGACUUUUAGUUUACUUCCCUUAUGACUACAUAUACCCGGAACAGUUCAUGUAUAUGAUGGAACUGAAAAAGACGCUCGAUGCCAAAGGUCACUGUGUCCUUGAGAUGCCGUCUGGUACGGGGAAAACUGUGUCACUGCUGUCACUGGUCGUUGCUUACAUUAAGGGUAACCCUGAUGAAGUUAACAAAAUGAUAUACUGCUCAAGAACAAUCCCGGAGUUAGAAAAGGUUGUAGAAGAAUUGAAGAAUCUGAUGGAAUAUUAUGAAAAGGAAACUGGUGAAAAACAGACCAUAUUAGGAUUAGCUUUAUCCUCAAGAAAAAAUCUGUGUAUACAUCCACGAGCAUCACAAGGAGGGGAGGGAACUUCUGUUGAUGCCGAAUGUCAGAAAAUGACAGUGUCAUAUGUGAGAAAGAAACAUGAACGAGAUGAUUCUAUCGAGGUAUGUGACUUCUUUGAAAAGUGGGAAAAGAAUGGUAAGGGGACUAUGUUACCACAAGGAAUAUACGGCUUGGAUGAGUUGAAAGAGUAUGGUGCAAAGAAAGGCUGGUGUCCUUAUUUCCUGGCUAGGAAUGCAAUAAUGCAGGCAGAUGUUGUUGUGUAUAGUUAUUACUACCUCCUGGAUCCGAAGAUAGCAGACAUUGUUUCUAAAGAACUUUCUAAAAAGUCUUGCGUUGUGUUUGACGAGGCACACAAUAUCGACAAUGUGUGUAUUGAAUCAAUGAGUGUACAAAUUACCAAGAAGACGUUAGACAGAUGCCAGAACAACAUGGACACUCUCACACGUCACAUUAACAGGAUUAAAGAGUCCGACACUGAGAAAUUAAAGGAGGAGUAUAAAAGAUUGGUUGAGGGGUUGAAGGAAACCAAUCUAAAUAGAGAAACAGAUGUUGUUCUGGCCAAUCCAGUUAUUCCUGAUGAGAUUCUGCAAGAAGCUGUACCGGGAAAUAUUAGAAAUGCUGAACAUUUCAUUUCUUUUCUAAAGAGAUUUUGUGAGUACUUGAAAACCCGGUUAAGAGUUCAGCAUGUUGUCUCAGAAACUCCGCCUUCUUUUCUUAAAGAUUGCUCACAGAAAGUCUGCAUUGAACGAAAGCCUUUGAGGUUCUGUUCGGAAAGACUGGCAUCUUUAUUACGGACUUUAGAAUUGGCAGAUGUGUCUGAUUUCAAAGCAUUGACGUUGAUUUCACACUUCGCGACACUGGUCAGCACAUACGCAAAAGGUUUCGUUCUCAUCUUUGAGCCUUUUGAUGACAGAACACCAACAAUCUCGAAUCCGAUCCUGAACUUCAGUUGUUUGGAUGCAUCUAUAGCAGUAAAGCCUAUAUUUGACAGGUUUCAGUCAGUCGUCAUCACAUCAGGAACUCUUUCACCAUUAGACAUGUACCCAAAAAUCCUUGAUUUCCGCCCAGUCAACAUGGCUUUGUUCACGAUGACCCUGGCACGGACUUGUAUAUGCCCUAUGAUCAUCAGCAAGGGAAAUGACCAGGUUGCAAUGAGUUCCAAGUUUGAAUCCAGAGAAGAUCCAGCAGUGAUACGUAACUAUGGCAACCUGCUUGUUGAAAUGUGUGGUGUUGUUCCCGAUGGUCUGGUGUGUUUCUUCACAAGUUACAUUUACAUGGAGUCGACUGUGGCAUCAUGGUACGAGCAGGGAAUAAUUGAUCAGAUACAGAAACAGAAGUUGCUAUUUAUAGAAACUCAGGAUGCAGCGGAGACAACUUUGGCUCUUCUCAACUACCAGAAGGCUUGUGAAAAUGGCCGGGGUGCGGUGUUACUGUCUGUUGCAAGAGGAAAAGUCUCGGAAGGUGUGGACUUUGAUCACCAUCUGGGACGAGCUGUUAUCAUGUUUGGAGUACCUUAUGUCUACACACAGAGCCGCAUCCUGAAGGCACGUCUUGAAUAUUUGAGGGAAGCUUUCCAGAUACGAGAAAAUGACUUUCUGACAUUUGACGCGAUGAGGCAUGCUGCACAAUGUGUCGGAAGGUGUCUUCGAGGGAAAACUGACUAUGGUAUUAUGUUGUUUGCUGACAAGAGAUUUGCACGUGCUGACAAGCGGGGUAAGCUGCCGAAAUGGAUCCAGGAACACCUGAAGGACAGUCUGUGUAACCUGUCCACUGACGAGGGUGUACAGGUAGCCAAGCGGUUCCUGAGACAGAUGGCACAGCCGUUCAGCAGGGAGGAUCAGCUUGGUCUGUCACUGCUUACGCUAGAACAGCUACAGUCCGAGGACAUGAAGAAGAAAAUAGAAUCUAGAAUGCAGUAUGUCUGAACUAGUCAAUGGACAGUAUAAAAAUACACCUGAAAAUAGUAGACCUGAUUUUAUGGGACUGUGCAGGUUUAAGCAAUUGCUUAAGGGACUAAGCAGCAGUGAAAAUAGCUGUAAUAAUAUAACACAUGUAGCAUUUUGUAACAUUUUGAAUAUUUUAUAUAUUAUUCAGAAUUUUCUAUAACAGAAGCAAAAUCUGUUGAUAAAAAAAAAAAUUCUCAUUAAUUUGUUUGGAAGAUCUUUGUUAAGAAAAAGUAUACAAUUGCAGAGCAUAAAUUGGAUGAAAAAUUCUGUUUUGGGUGUAUCAUUGUUACAGUUUUACACUGUAUUUGUUCAAGAUUCAGAAGAAUAUAAAAAUGGACAGCCAUACUGUACGUAAUAAAAGUAAAGUGGG